AUGUACUCCAAUCUGGACAUUGCUCUGAGCAAACUCGGUAAAUAUGGAAAGUGGCAAUUCUUCUUGUUCUUUCUGAUAAGCUUAAUGCAGAUAUUUGCUAGUCUGCACACGUUCUCUAUCAGACUGUAUCAGGAACUGACCCGCCGCGCACAUGAGUCCAGUGCCGCUGCCGGCGGAGGAGCGAAUCUCUCAGAUGCCGUACCGGGAAAGAAUGACGAAGACGAGCACUGGCAAGCGGACACGUGUAAUCAGUACGUGAACUUUAGCAAGGCGAGCAACGAAACAAUAAAGUGUCAGGAUGGUUACUGGUAUGAUGAUACCUAUGGAGAUACCAUCGUCAGCGAGUGGGACAUCGUCUGCGACAGAAGCAUCCUCGUGCAGCUAUCGUCUACUACUUUCUUCGCCGGUAAACUCGUCGGUGCUCUGGUCAUCGGCGCCUUGGCCGAUAUUUUCGGACGGAAGUGGACACUGAUCGUAGCAAACCUACUGUUUAUGGCGUCGGCGAUCGUACAAUGUUUCGCUAACAGCUACAUCAUGUUCGCCGCCAUGCGGUUCCUCAUCUCUGGGUUUGCUACGGGAGGAUACCUGGCAGGCUUCACGCUGAUAUGUGAGUCUGUGGGUCCGCAGGCACGGGCAUGGGUCACCGUACAGGACGAAUACUUUUGGGGGUUUGGUAUGAUGUUACUUCCGGCCAUCGCCUAUCUUGUGCCUGAUUGGAGGUUUAUGCAGAUCAUCAUCACUGUACCGAUGUGCUUCAUGUUUAUCUAUAUUUGCCUAUUACCAGAAUCCACGCACUGGCUCAUAGCUAACGAACGCAUCGAAGAGGCAAGCACAGUUCUCACGAGAGCAGCAAAAAUGAACGGCACUGAAAUAUCAACUGCAGACUUGACCCCGAUUGCACAUAAAGAGGAUAAGAAGAAAAAAUACAGUAUGAUAGACGUUUACAAGACUCCGGGGCUCAGAAUAUUGGGAACGGUUGUAUUUCUUAUUUGGAUGGCAGAUAGCAUGGUGUACUACGGACUUACUCUGGGCCUGCAGAGUCAAGCAGGAAACAUCUACCUGAACGGCUUCUUAAGCGGAAUAGUUGAGUUUCCAUCCGUUGCGAUAUCUAUUCUGGCCGCAGAAAAGUUUGGACGGAUAAAAUCGCUGUCGUUCUUCCACGUCUGCUCCGGAAUAGCGAUGAUCGUACUCUACUUCACUCCACUAAAAACAGCUUCGGGCACAGAUCUGGGCUGGCUGAACACGACGUUUAUCCUCACUGGAAAAUGCAUGAUAACGGCGGCAUUCCGCAUGAUCUACAUCUACACUGCCGAGGUGUACCCGACAGUCGUAAGGAACACGGGGCUGGGCAUGUCAUCCAGCGCUGCGCGUGUAGGCAGCAUGAUUGCACCAAUGACCAUAGCACUGCAACGCCAUUACCCGUGGGUACAACCAGUUCUGUUCGCGGGCAUAGCGUUUGCGUGCGCCGUCGUGGGCCUCUUCUUCCCCGAGACGAAGAACAAGGGACUGUCGGAGACACUGGAGGAAUGGCCAGACUGGAAGGCCGGCAGGCUAUCAGUCGGCGACAGCGGUGACGGGGGAACAAAGGAACUCGAAGCAGAAAUGAAACCCAUGGUUAAUAAGCGCCAUUUUCACCACGGUGGUGUUCCUCAGUGCACCUAUCGCCCCAGCUCUAUGUAUUCCUAUUUAGACGACGCUUUGAACAAACUCGGAAAAUAUGGAAAGUGGCAAUUUUUCCUAUUCUUUCUGAUAAACGCGUUACAGAUAUUUGCCAGCUUCCAAACUUUCUCGAUAAACUACCAAGGACUGACGCCCGCACACCACUGCCGCGUGCCCGAAGGAGCAAAUCUCUCAGAUGCCGUACCGGGAAAGAAUGACGAAGACGAACUCUGGCAAGCGGACACGUGUAAUCAGUACGUGAACUUUAGCCAGGCGAGCAACGAAACCAUAAAGUGUCAAGAUGGCUACUGGUAUGAUGAUACAUAUGGAGACACCAUCGUCCCGGAGUGGGACAUCGUCUGCGACAGAAGCAUCCUCGUGGAUCUUUCCUCCUCUUCGUUCUUCGCCGGUAAACUUGUCGGGGCGUUAAUCGUCAGCGUUUUGGCCGACGUUUACGGACGAAAAUGGACCAUGAUCAUAUCGAACCUGCUCUUCCUGGUGUCGGCGAUCGUACAAUGUUUCGCUAGCAGCUACAUCAUGUUCGCCGUCAUGCGCUUCUUCAUCGCUGCAUUCGAAACGGGAGGGUAUCUAGUUGGAUUCACGCUGUUAUGUGAGUCCGUGGGUCCGCAGGCACGGGCAUGGGUCACCGUACAGGACCAAUACUUUUGGGCGUUUGGUAUGAUGUUACUUCCGGCCAUCGCCUAUCUUGUGCCUGAUUGGAGGCUUAUACAGAUCAUCACCACCGCACCGAUGUGCUUCAUGUUUAUCUAUAUUUGCUUACUACCGGAAUCGAUGCACUGGCUUAUAGCCAACAAACGGCCGAACGAAGCCAAGACCGUUCUUGUGAGAGCAGCAAAACUUAACGCCACUGAAAUAUCAACUGCAGACUUGACGCCAAUUACGCAUGAAGAUGAUACGAGGAGAAAAUACAGCAUUGCAGACGUGUACAAAACCCCUGGGCUUAGAGUUCUAGGAACAAUUUUAUUCCUUAUUUGGAUCGCAGACAGCCUGGUGUACUACGGCCUUACUCUUGGUCUACAGAACCAAUCCGGCAACAUCUACAUGAACGGCUUCUUGACCGGAGCAGUAGAGUUUCCAGCCAUUCUGAUAGCCAUAUUGUCAGCUGAAAAGUUUGGACGGGUAAAAUCGCUGUCGUUCUUCCACGUCUGCUCCGGAAUAGCGAUGAUCGUACUCUACUUCACUCCACUGAAAACAGCUUCCGGAACAGAUCUAGGUUUGCUUAAAACAGCGUUCAUCCUCACUGGAAAAUGCAUGAUCACGAUAGCAUUCCGUGUGCUUUAUAUUUACACUGCUGAAUUGUAUCCAACAGUCGUGAGGAACACGGGGCUGGGCAUGUCAUCCAGCGCUGCUCGUGUAGGCAGCAUAAUUGCACCAAUGACCAUCGCACUGCAACGCCAACAUCCGUGGGUACAACCAGUUCUCUUCGGGGGCAUAGCGUUUGCAUGCGCCAUUGUGAGUUUCUUCUUCCCCGAGACGAAAGACAAGGGCCUGUCGGAGACACUGGAAGAAUGGUCAGACUGGAAGGCCGGCAGGCUAUCCGUCGACGACAGCGGUCACACGGGAACAAAGGAACUCGGCGAAGAAAUGAAACCCAUGGUUUCCUAAUUUCCGCUUGUCUGGACGAAUCCUAUCACGGAAACCUCAUCUGAUUUGCUUGGUAGCGUUUCAAAUAUUUUAUAGUGAGAAUCUAUGGUAUAUGCUAUAGUGUAACUAUCUAUUCAUAUUGAACAUGAAACGAAUGAAACAAUAAAUCAAUUCACAUUGGUUAUCUAAUUAGAGCAUACACGUGCACGUGUGGUUUUGUCUUCGUUGCAGAACCGCUGUGGAUACGAGCCGUAGAUCUAUAGCAGAAUUGCAGAAUAUUGAUCACGUUUAUGUUUAAUUAUGUGUAUAUACAAAAUAAUCAGUAGAAUGUCUCCAUAAUCUUCAGCA